CUCACGUAUGUUCCUGAAAAUAUUCCAAUCAAUACUACUACAUUGGAUUUAUCAUUUAACCAAAUAACCACUAUCAGAAACAAAGAUUUCCAACAUUUAGACAAUCUGGUAUGUUUAAUUCUCAGCUUUAAUCCCAUUUCUCAUAUAGAAGAGGAAGCUUUUUUAGGAUUGGAAAAGUUACAGAUGUUAGAAUUAAACAACCAUUCUUUGGAUUAUCAAGUGUUUGAUCCCGAUAAACUUGAACAAUUAGAUUUAUCCAGAAAUAAUUUGAUCAAGCUUCCAAAAGAUAUAUUUAAAUCUGUGAAUCAACUGAAAAUUAUAAAUCUGGCAUUUAAUAAACUUUUUUCA